AUGUUUUUCUCUCAUGCCCUGUCGAUAGAUUCGUACCUAACUAGCUCAUUUGUGUUCAAGUUGAUGGUCAUCAGUCACGAGUGGAGCGGAAGCGCGUCUCUCUUCCGCCUUGUCCCCUGCGUGUAUCCAGACAACUCCCCAGACACCUAUCUUCUACCUUUCAUUCCCCCUGCAACUCUGGCUACUCCCAGACAUAAUAAACUUUGA